AGAGAGCAGGUCCGUACCUGUGUGUGUGUGUGUGUGUGUGUGUGUCCGUGUGGCCCUGGGGCCGGCUCCUCUACCUCCGGGGCCCUAAUGAGAGCAGGUUCUCUCCAGCGCUGAGUGCGCCCCAGGCAGUGAAUGGCUUUCCAACUGAGUUAGCGCGAUAUUGCUGUGUGGCCCUACUGACUUCCAUCCAACACUAUGGAGGGCAAAGGUGGCAUCUCCACUGCAGCUGUCUCGCUGAGUGGCCCCCUGCUGGAGCUGACCCUAAAGCAGAGAGCGCAGCUGAUAUCGGAGCUGAGUGAGAAGCAGAAGGAGCUGCAGGAGUCGCUGAGACAGAAGCUGACGGAGCUGAGACGCCUGUGCCUGCAGGAAGCCGAGCUUACGGGGCACGUCCCUGCUGAUUUCCCCCUAGAGUAUGGGGAGAGGCCCCCGGUUGUGUUGAGGAGACCAAAGACCGCCUUCAGGAUGAGCGCAGCUGCAGUGACCAGGGCAGAGGAGGUGCAGCUGGAGCGCUUGGAGCGGGACUUUGCCGUGCAGCUGCAGAUGGCCGAAGCCGCCCGGAAGCUGAGCCUGGCAGCAGAACAGAGCGCCGAGAUGAAUAGUGAGCAGCGGCGCAAGAGGCGGCUGGUGUAUCUGGAUGCGCUACGGCGGCUGCAGGAGCUGGAGGAACAGACCAACAACCUGAGGCGGAAACUGGGGCUGAGGCCCACCCACAGGGACCCCAACAACCUCCUCGAUGAAGCCCACCCAUCAGAGAACAGUUCCUUGUCAGAGAGCGGCAGCUAUGAGGAUAUUCUGGGCCAGGGGGCAAGGCCAUCCCCUCCUCGUAUCCCCGAACAUUCCCGCAUUGUGUCCAACAGUCCCGAGCGACGAGUGGGGUGGAAGGUCUCGCCCAUGGAGCUCCAUUGUGACGUCCACAACCGGCGCAACUCCAUGGCUGGUGCAGCAAGCCCCACUCGUUCCUUCCCUCGGAGUCUGUCCAGCCUGGAGGGCCGCAGUGUCCCAGCUACACCAGUCCUGAGUCGCAAUGCCUGCAGCAGCUCCGCCCUCAGGUCGGAGGGCCCCGGCCUGUGUCAGCGCCAGUGGUCCGGAAGCCAGGACUCCCAGGUGGGCUACCCUAGUGAGCGGCCCUCGGGCCACACUGCUCGGAGCCGGCGCAGUAACAGCUCUGAGGCUCUGAUCGAGCGCCCCCCUCCUGAAGCGCCGGCCAAACCCUCGUACAAGAGCUCGGAAACCCUGAGCGAGCGCCCCCAGCCUGGGGCAGUUCCACCCCAACAGUGGGGGGCCCGUUCCCCAGAUCCUCGAACCCCCAGCAGUAGCGGCAGCAGCGGCGGCAACUCCCGGCUCCCCUACGAGGAGAUCCUGAUGGAUUAUUACAUGGAAAGGCAGCCGCGCGGCUGGACUGAGCCCGAGGGCCAGUGGUUUGUGGAGCCUGACGGCAGCGGCCAUUACUCUCGGCGGGACGGCUACUACGAUGGCUUCCCGGGUAGCCCGGCGCUGCGGAGCCGCGUGGAGAUGCAGCAGCGCAGGAACGCUGCCCGUACCAAGUCCUGUGGCCCCCAGCUGGCAGAUGUGGGCAGCUUUCAGCAGUCCUGGCACCAAAGGGCUGCCCCCCAGCCUUCCCAUCCGGGACCCAGAUCUCGCAGCCAGCCUCGUGCCCCCCCACCCGAGACCCUGGAAAGGAGUGUGCACAAAGCUCUGGCCCUCGAGGGGCUUAGGGACUGGUAUCUACGCAACUCGGCAGCCACCGGUGGCCUCCACCGCUGCCCGGUCUCUUCCCAGAUGCAAUACCCGCGCUACUAUCGUCCUACUUACCCCGACGGGCACUACCAGGCUGGCUCCCCCCUGCCCCACUCCAUCAGUUUCACUGGGGCCCCAAUGCACGGCAGGCACUUCUCAGAGUAUCUUGGGCAGGAGUGGUGUAGCCAGGCCAGCAUGCAAGGUGAUGGACCAUCAGAUGGCACCCCGCCUGGCACUUUAGUCUGACACUGGACUAGAAGCCAAUGCCCAGCAAGAUGGCUCCUGCCUCCAGCAGCCAAGCAGCCGCGAUGGCUCGUACUGCCCUAGUGGCCCGGAUGUGGGGCCCUCCAGCAGCAUUCUGGGAGACUGGCCCCAUUAUCAAGCAGGAAAUUGAAUAACAAAGCUCACCGGUGCCAUUCUUUUGGCAAGCAGUAACUACGCUACAAAGUGCAGAAUGAGGCAGAGAGUCUGCCCCUCCUGGCAUCCAGUUGGCACAGGGCAGGGCACAGAUUGCUGGCUGCACAGGUUACUGGGAGACUAUCUCUGGCACAAGGAGGGUAGCAAAGGUACCAGACUGUGGGCGUUUGUGGAGACACUGUAUAUGUGCAAUGGGUUGGCAGAGGGCACAGCCUGGGCAUCUGUGGGACUGAGCUGGACUUGGUCUCGUGAAGAUACCGACCUGCUGACUCCUGAAUGUUCUUCUGUCACUUCUGAUUGUUACUAACACUGAUUCCUGACUGGAAACACUGUGCAAUAUGUACAUGGGGCCCCCACCUUUUGUGUAUGGGCUUGGGGUAUGUACAUGCGGGCCCCCGGGCUCCCACCUUUUGUGUAUGGGCUUGGGGUAUGUACAUGCGGGCCCCCGGGCUCCCACCUUUUGUGUAUGGGCUUGGGGCAUGUACAAGAGGGCCCCUGGGCCCCCCGGGCUCCCACCUUUUGUGUAUGGGCUUGGGGCAUUUUACAAAUAAAUUGUGGGAAAGAUCAUAAUGAGA